AAGGAGUGUUUCGCGAGCCCCAUGUUUCUGAAACUUAGACUUAAAAGUUCCAAUAAAUUGGUGCUAAAACAUAACACGAUAUUCAUUUGAAUUCAACUUCCAAUAUGCACUGUUGAAUAAGUCAGAAAUAUUAUUUUACGGUUCCACACAGCUCGUAGAUGUGGUGCGUUUUUUUCAAAUAGCAAUCGUAGCAUUUAAAAUGAGCCAAACAAAACAUUGUAUUGCCAUUAGGUUUUUAAUUGUUCUUGAAGUGCUUUGCUUGACAUUAUGUCGUGCAAAACAUGACAAUACAGUCACUGGCAUAUUGAACAGUGACCCACAAUUUGUGAGCCCAUUAGGUCUCUUGUCAACACCUCGACUCUUGAAAAAAGAUAUUCCUGAAGAACUCAAAGAUGCAAAACAUGGAAUUCUCAUGGGAGUGUCCUCCGACAAAUGUGAUAACGGAAAGGUGAACAUAACAAUAGAUUGGGAUGGUUCACCAGUAAAUCAUACAUGCUUCACUUCCAAAUAUCCAAUUCCAGUUAAAGAGGAUAUUGAGCCAUUUAUAACUUGUGACAAAAUCCCCCCUGGGAAUUAUUCACCUCCACACUACUGUAUGGACACCAUAGUUCAGUACAAUUCAACUAUUCCAACAUACGAAGGACAUCGUCCCCUUUGGCCUAUAUUCGGUGAAUACCAGUUUGUCCCACCUCAGCGUUGGCUACAUAACAUUGAACACGGGGCAAUUGUCAUGUUAUAUCACCCCUGCGCCGAACCUUCAGAAAUUCUAAAGUUGAAAAAGCUUGUCACAUCUUGCCUUUGGAAAUAUGUUAUAACUCCUUGGAAUAUGAUGAGCAGAGAACUGCCGUUUGCUUUGGUAGCAUGGAGAUGUCGACUGCAAAUGGCUAAAGUGGACCCAGGAAUUGUGCGGUACUUUAUCCGUUCGAAAGCAUUUCGUGGACCCGAAUCGCAUUAUCUUAAACAAGGGCAAUUCUCUGUGGGGCUCAUAGAAGUUUCAAACCCACCAAGUGAUCCAUCGCUUGACAAAGUGCUCUGCUGAUAAGUGAAAGUAAUCUUCAUUUUGUUCAGUACAAUUACUUCAAAAAUCAUAGCAGUUAUAUCACGAUUACUGUAAAAAAAUAGAUCUGUUAUCAUUUA